UAUAUAUAUAUUCUUAAAAAGAUAAAAUGGCGGAUUGCCAUUAUUCACCGGUAGUUAUUUCGAAAUAAGCUAAAGAAUUGAAGUUCAAAAUAUACAAGUGAAAUGCAUACUAAAGUACAUAUUGUUCAAUAGUUAGCUACUUUAUUAGUUACAUAUUCAAUAUAUAGUGAAGUUUAUACUUAACCUGUCGGAUUAUACAUAGGUUAUCUUAAAGUUUUCUGUACAGUUGCGAAAAUGUCUAUUACGUUAAAUGUAAAUGAUCCAUCAAAGGAUGAAGAAUUAAUAGAAAAUUGUCAGCACUUUAAAGAACGUGCAGAGCGAAAUCGUCAAAAAGCAUUACUAUUAAGAAAAUCUAAAAUAGUUUCUCAUCCUUAUAUAAGGAGUGAGAACGAAGAUUCAGAAAAGAGUACAUCAUAUAAAGUUCAAGGACAACGUGUUAUAGAUAGUGGAGGAGGUUUUCUUAUAGAAGAAAGUGAUGAAUUAGAACAACAAAUGUUACAAAUAAUAUCAAAACCUGCACCUAUUCUUGUAGAUUUUCCUCAUUGCGAUGAAUGUAAGAAUGAAUUUAAAGACUCAUAUCUACUACAAACAUUUAAUUUAUCUGUAUGUGAUAACUGCAGAGAUCCUAAGGGCAAGCACUCUUUGAUUACAAAAACAGAAGCAAAACAAGAGUAUUUAUUAAAAGAUUGUGAUUUGGAUAAAAGAGAACCUCCAUUAAAAUGUAUUACUAAAAAAAAUCCCCAUAAUGCAAAUUGGGGUGAAAUGAAAUUGUAUUUGCAACUACAAAUAGAACAGAGAGCUUUACAAGUAUGGGGUUCUGAAGAAAAAUUAUUAAAGGAAAAAGAAUUACGUGAUGUUAAGAGGGAAGGAGCUAAAAUAAAAAAAUUUAACAAAAAGAUUAAACAAUUAAGAAUGCAAGUCAGGAGCUCGUUAUAUGAUAAAACAUCAAAAGCUUCUCAUAUGCACGAGUUUGGAGAAGAUACAUAUAAUGAACAUGAUGAUACAUAUACACACACUUGCGUUACUUGUGGAUAUGAAGAAACAUACGAAAAAAUGUAAAUUUUAUAAUAAUGAAUUUUAUAGGAAUUAUUGGAUUGUGUUUUUAGAUAUGAGUUUCUUAUAUUAAGAAAUUUAUUUACUACUCGCGAAAUGCAUACACAAUAAAAAAGGAUAAAAAAAUCA